AUGAAGUUCUCCUUCGGUACUGUUCUCGCCCUCGCGGCCGCUGUGCUCGCCCAGCCCAAGUUCACCAACUCCAACUUCGAAGUCGAGGAGGGGGAGCCGUUUACCCUCACGUGGAACAAUGCCGAAGGGCCCGUCACCAUUACUCUCGUGCACGGCCCCGAGAAGAACCUGCAGCCAGUCACGGUCCUUACCACUUCGGGAAGCGACGGCUCGUUCACCUGGACCCCCUCUGACUUGCCCUCGGACACGUAUGCCUUCGAGAUUAUCGACGACACCGGGGUGAAGAACUGGAGUCAGCGGUUCCAGUACACCGGCACUGGCUCCGUCACUAGCACCGAGGCGCCCACAUCCACCGCUGAAUCCAGCACCAGCACCGAGGCCUCCAGCACCACCACCAGCAGCUCCAGCAGCAGCGAGACCGAGUCCACCACCACCUCCGAGGAGGCUAGCAGCACCACCUUCACCACCUCCACAACCGAGGAGGCCGAGACCAGCACCCGCGCGACCACCAGCCCCACCGGCUCCCCCCCGGACCUGAACAACGGCCAGCGCUUUGCGUCGCCCCUGGGCUUCGUCCUCGUCACCGUGGCCGCCCUGGUCUUCUUCCACUAA